AUGAAUGAGAGUUGGAAGCCUGAGGAUCAUAUCCCAGACAAUGUUAAGAAAGCUUUAGCAGGUACCAAAAACUCUAAUUAUGUUAUUGCACUGCUGAACAUUGUGCAGCAACUGAAGAUUCAAAAAAGAACCGGUUGGGUUGACCAUAAGGUGAAGGACCCCGAGAGUAUUUCGGAUCACAUGUACAGAAUGGGCAUAACUUCCAUGUUGAUUACCAAUCCUGAUAUUAAUAGAGAUAAGUGUGUGCGAAUCUCAUUGGUACACGACCUGGCUGAGUCCUUAGUUGGAGACAUCACACCAAAUGAUCCUAUGACAAAGGAAGAGAAACAUAGAAGAGAGUAUGACACUAUUAAAUACCUAUGUGAUAAAAUCAUAGCACCUUUCAAUUCUAAAGCAGCAAAGGAGAUAUUAGAGGACUGGUUAGCGUACGAAAAUGUAUCUUCCCCAGAAGCACGCUAUGUCAAGGAUAUAGAUAAGUUCGAAAUGCUGGUACAAUGUUUUGAAUAUGAGCAAUCAAAUAACAUAAGAUUGGACCAGUUCUGGUCUGCUAAGGAUGCAAUUAAAACCCCCGAAGUAUCCGAAUGGUGCAAUGAUCUGAUCAAAAUGCGUGAGGAAUACUUCUCAUCAUAA